AUGGCGGCGGCAGCUUUCGGGCAGCUGAACCUCGACGAACCUCCUCCGGUCUGGGGAUCUCGCAGCGUUGAUUGCUUCGAGAAGCUCGAACAAAUUGGUGAAGGAACUUACGGUCAAGUUUACAUGGCUAAAGAAAUCAAAACUGGUGAGAUUGUGGCUCUGAAAAAGAUCCGUAUGGACAAUGAAAGAGAAGGGUUUCCUAUAACAGCGAUCAGGGAGAUAAAAAUUCUGAAGAAGCUUCAUCAUGAAAAUGUCAUUCAGCUGAAAGAGAUUGUGACUUCACCAGGUCGGGACAGGGAUGACCAAGGAAAUCCAGAUAACAACAAAUACAAGGGUGGCAUCUACAUGGUUUUUGAGUACAUGGACCACGAUUUGACUGGACUCGCUGAUCGUCCUGGACUGAGAUUUACUGUUCCUCAAAUCAAGUGUUACAUGAAGCAAUUGCUCACGGGGCUUCACUACUGUCAUGUGAAUCAAGUUCUUCACCGUGAUAUUAAAGGCUCAAAUCUCCUUAUUGACAAUGAGGGUAAUUUAAAGCUGGCAGAUUUUGGUCUUGCGAGAUCGUAUUCUCAUGAUCAUACUGGAAAUCUUACAAAUCGUGUCAUUACAUUGUGGUAUAGGCCCCCUGAAUUACUACUAGGGGCAACAAAAUAUGGCCCAGCGAUUGACAUGUGGUCCGUUGGUUGCAUAUUUGCUGAACUUUUGCAUGCAAAACCAAUCUUGCCUGGGAAAAAUGAGCAUGAACAACUGAACAAGAUUUUUGAGCUUUGUGGAUCACCUGAUGAAAACAUUUGGCCUGGUGUUUCCAAGAUGCCUUGGUAUAACAAUUUCAAGCCUGCAAGGCCUUUGAAGAGACGCGUGAGAGAGUUCUUCAGACACUUUGAUCGCCAUGCUCUUGAACUACUGGAGAAAAUGUUGGUGCUUGACCCAUCACAGAGAAUAAAUGCAAAGGAUGCUCUUGAUGCUGAGUACUUUUGGACUGAUCCGCUGCCAUGUGACCCAAAGAGUCUACCAACGUAUGAAUCAUCGCAUGAGUUCCAGACAAAGAAGAAGCGGCAACAGCAGCGUCAGAACGAGGAAGCAGCAAAAAGACAGAAAGUGCAGCAUCCACCGCAGCAGCACUCUCGCUUGCCUCCGUUACAACACGGUGGGCAAUCUCACGCUGCUCCGCAUUGGCCUAGCGGUUCUAACCAUCCCGCAAACAACGCACCGCCACAAGUACCUGCUGGACCGAGCCACCACUUCUAUGGGAAGCCACGUGGUCCACCUGGUCCAAACCGGCACCCUCCCAGCGGAAACCAGGGCGGGAGUUAUAAUCAGAGCCGAGGUGGUUACAGUAGCGGACCAUAUCCUCCACAAGGGCGGGGAGCUCCUUAUGCAGCCGGUCCUAGAGGGCAUAGCGGUGGUGCAUACGGGGUUGGACCACCUAACUACACACAAGGUGGUCAGUAUGGUGGCUCUGGUGGAUCUGGAAGAGGUCAGAACCCAAUGGGUGGUGGUAGUAGAAACCAGCAAUACGGAUGGCAACCGUAA